GAGGUGGAGCUGCUGACCCUAACAUCACAGAGAGCGAUAAGGAAAGAUCCCGGUCCGUCUCCCGCAGUGAGGGAUCCCCUGACUAGACAGAGAUCCGGGGAAAGGUAACCGCAGCUCGGAGUGUGCCUUAGCUGUAACCGGGGGGGGGGGUGGACCGUAACAUAGCAACACAGUGACCGGGUGCUCGCAGCCUGCAUUCAUGUAAUGUGUGUGUGCUGCUGGCUGGCCGGCUGAUAUAAAGUACUGUAUGAAGCAUUUAUAUGCUGCAGGGUGACUGGUCAGUGAGGUCUCCUCCUGCCUUGGCUAAUUGUUUCCUUCCUACAGUAUAUGAAUUCUGCCUACUGCAGUAUAUGAAUUCUGCCUACUGCAGUAUAUGAAUUCUGCCUACUGCCUGUGACUACUCACUGCCUGUGGCGGCGGGUGGGGGCCAUAAAUUACAAUGGGGGGGACAGGGACCUUCGGUCCUCCCCCGCCCUUGAGCAGCGGGUGGGGGCCAUAAUGGUAAUGAGGGGAGAUGGGGGGGGCCUACUGUCCCCCCCCCAGGCCCCCACCCAUGGUCUGUGGGUGGGGGCCAUAAUGAUAAUGGGGGGGGGACCUACUAAAAAAUAGUGAGGGGAGAAUAAAAUUACUAACCUGUAAAGUAAAAUGAAACUUUCCAUUCGACAUCUUCUUUUUUUCUAAAAUCUUCAUUUUUCAGCCCCCAAAAAGCCAAAUGAAAAACAAUCAUACCCGUCGAACUUAAAAUAAAAUAAAAAACCCGAGCGCAAAAAAAGAAUCCGUUUUCAACCAUGGAGGGCUCCGCGCAGACUGAGAUCUGCGGGGGAAGGCUUAUGAAGCCUUCCCCCGCCCUGCAAUUAGGCUAAGAACACUCUGAUUGGUUGGUUUAAGCCAAUCAGAGUGCUCUUUGUCAUUUUACACAGCGUGGGAAAAUUCCAAAGAACUUUCCCACGCUGUGUAAAAUGCUCACUGUUAAAUAAAGCAUUCUGUGGAGGGAGUCUGCUUAUCACAGGAAGAUUCCCUGGUUAGCUGAUAUAUUUGUUUCCCAUUAAUGAUACAUCUCUGAUAUGGGCACUGUGCCAGCAUGAUUCUAUUAUUAUUAUUGCCACUUAUAUAGCGCUAACAGAUUCCGUAGCGCUUUACAAUAUUAUGAGAGAGGGGGUGUAACUAUAAAUAGGACAAUUACAAGAAAACUUACAGGAACAAUAGGUUGAAGAGGACCCUGCUCAGAUGAGCUUACAGUCUAUAAGGAAGUGUUUAAUAGUUGCACUGAUGCUAUACUAGAGAAUUGGAUACAAAUAAAACCCCAAAACCAGAUCAAUGCAUGCAAAUAUAUAUUACUGACUUGGUUUGUUGUACCAAAUUUUUAUUUCUCCUCAAACAUUUUCCAUAAGUAACACUAAGAACACACACCACUAUCACACAACUGUGCAUGAUGUGGUUACGUUGUAGGUUCCUGUAUCCCUGUGCACCUAGUUGCAAUGUAAGUGCCUGUGCCCAGUGCACUUGGUUGCAUUAAAGGUUCCUGUGAGCGUGGUUGCAGAGGCAGUGCCUGCAGCCCUGACUCCGCAACAUCUGUAUUGUCUAUUGUUGAGUGACAUGGUUGAUUUGUCAUGUCAUUUACAAAAAUUCAAAGUGUCCAUCUUUGUGUAAUGUCAAUAAAAAUAGUAUUUAAUGUUCGUUAAGUGCCAGAUGAAUUUAUUUCUUGUUAAUUGGGUUUAUUAUGGUGUUAUAAAUGAUAACGCUGGAACUCCUCCUUCUGUCCAUAAUAUAACUGUGGGUGUUUUUAUCAUGUAGGCUGGGUCCUGCUCGGGAUGUUUAGCCGUCUUUCUGGUCUCGCUAACACAGUCUUGCAUGAACUCUCUGGUGAUGGAGAGGCAAUUGAAACCACCGGGAUUUCGGUGAGUUAAGUCAGUUGUCAGUCAGAUUUAGGAAUACAUGAGGCUACGUGGGUCUAAGGCUUCCUAAGUGUAACUUUUUUUUUUUUUUAUUUGGAUUAUCAUUUUAAAGGUAUGAGAUUCUCUCCUAGAAUACUACAUUACCAAGAGAAUUGUCCUUAGUAUUUGUUUUUAGAAGAUUGUUAAUGUCCUACUUCACUUAGAGCAAAGCGGUCUGGAUAACCAGGUAUUCUUACUGGUUUUAAACAGGAUCCCGUGGCAGUGGACAGUUCAGCAGAAGAUAUGUCAGAGGAUGUGAAGGAACAACUUGCUCAUUAUGAGCAGCUAGUGGUCCAGCUGAAGAUACUUAUUCAGCAGAAGGAUGGAGAGAUUCAACAGAAAGAUGCACAACUAAAGGUACAUAGGAACAGUGGUGUAUUUUGGUUGUGUGCUGCCCUAGACACGACUAAACCCAGACGUCCCACCCCUUCCUGGCAAAGUCACACCCCUUCCGCUUUAGAUUCCACCUUUUCCUACUCCUUUUUAAAUGGAUACUAUAGUGCCCCCCUCUGCCACCCACUUGGCACUAAGGGGUUAAAACCUCUUCAGUCACUUACCCAAAUCCAUGCUUUCCUAUGGGGAUUUAGCAGACGCAGGAUGUCCUAAUGCACUGCAUUAGGACAUCCAGCAUCAGUUAGGCGACUUUUGUUUGCAUAACCCCCGGGAAGUCCCUCUGGUAGACUAGAGGUGGAGUUAACCCCUCAAGAUAAUUAAUGCAGUUUCUCAGAAACUGCAAUAAUUACACUUGCAGGGAUAAGGGGACUAAGACACUGCACCCAGACCACUUCAAUGAGUUGACGUGGUCUGGGUGAGUACAGUGUCCCUUUAACCCCUUAAGGACCAAACUUCUGGAAUAAAAGGGAAUCAUGACAUGUAACAUAUGUCAUGUGUCCGUAAGGGGUUAAGCACACACUCUGACAGACACAUACACAUUCACUGACCAACAUACACUGGCAGAUAUACACCGACCGACACAAACUCACUCAUUAACAGAGACACACAAACACUGAGACACUCAUUGACAGACACACUGAUAGUCACAGACUCUCACAGACACAAAUUAUUACUAAUAUAAUUUAAAAUUCUCCUCCCAGCCUCCAUACCUGCAGAGCUGGCGUGGGUCUGUUGUUGGGGGUCCAGUGGGGCUGCUGGUAGGUGUGCGGCUGUGUUGGCAACAGAGGAGGCGAGAGAGCUGUGAUCUCCCUACUCUGCUCCCUCACACUUUGCAGGCAAUCUACUGAUGCCGGGAAUGACGUCAUAUUCCGGCUCCAACAACAUCCCCAAACUGCGUGCGAGGGAGCAGAGCAGCAAGAUCACAGCUCCCUCGCCGCCUCUGAUGCUAACACAGCUGCCAGCCGAGGGGGCCAUAAGAUGUCCAGCAUACCAGCUUUUGGGCCCCCCCAGGACCCGGAGAACACCGUGGAAGCCCGAGUGGUUAGUGCCGCCCCAAGGCAAAUGCCUAGUUUGCCUUAGGCUAAAUACACCACUGCGCUGUGUGUGUGUCUAUGCAUAAGUGGAAACAGCAUCAAACACACUUUGCAGGAAAGAUGAAAUGUAAACUUGUGUGUUUCGUAGAAAUGUGUUGGUCAGAUAUUUUGUUUGGUUAGUGCACAUUUUGCCAAAGAUCCAAUUCCUACCUAUCAAGUGUUAAUUACCAUUUCUAUAUUUUAAACAACAUUUUCAAACACAGUUUAAAGGGACACAAUGAUUUUAGCACUUCAGACAUGUAUUCCUAAUGCUAUAAACUUCUCUUCCCUAUUCAGGAAUUAAAGGAAAUAGGUUUUUACUUAACUUUUUCCCUUGCGCCCUGACUCACUUGGUGCAGACGUCCACUUCUCCUGUGACUUCAUCCUGCAGGCAUUGCUUCUUUGUCUUUUCAUCCAAUCCAAUGCUUCUCAUAAAGAAGCGUUUUGGUCGAAAAGCACAUGCAUGGCAAGCGCUUCUCAAUGAAAAGUAUUCAGAGGAGGUGGCUUGUGCAAACAGAGUCCGACUCUGUUACUCACGACAGAUAUGCCUCACUUGAUGUGUUUAACCCUGUAAUGGAAACAUUGCUGUUCCUACUAAAUGUCAAUGUUUUACAUUGCAGGGCUAAAAUGACAGGGCACUGCACACAGACCGCUUAAUUUUUCCUUUCUUUCUUAUUUUGUGCUGCGCAUAGGAUUGAUGUUGUGUUUGUUCCAGCGGGAAUUUCUUGGGGGAGACGGGAGGAGGGGUGCUUUCUUCUGAUUCACUUUAUGUAUACAGUACAACAGUACAAGCUCCUGUACUCUUAAAGAGUACCUUCGCACAGUCUGCUUCCUAGCCGACGCUUUACUGGGGUCUCUCUGGAGUGCUUUCCUUCCAGGCAGGUAUUGUAACCUCUGCAGCUCUGCUUAAAAUGAUCACUACUGUCUUUACAAACACACUUGCGGCUCUCAGGCCCCCCGAUCUGCCUCCUUGACUGAGAUCAUCAGAAUUGACAAACUCAGCCAAUUCAAUACUUUCCUAUGUGUGUGUAUAUAAUAACAAAGUAUUUAACCAGGUAAUGUACAUUCAGAGUACUCGUGUUUGUGUGUGUGUGUAUACAUUCAGAGUACUCGUGUGUCUCUGUGUGUGUGUGUGUGUGUACAAACCGCACUCCUGGGACUUUAAAAAAAAAUCAAAAGUUAAAAUUUAGCCUUUAUUUUACAUAAUCCAAUAAAAAGUCACUGUUUCAGCUCCCAUUAGGGAGCUUUCAUCAGGACUAUUUUACCUAUUAUGUCUUUAUUUUCGUGGACUAAACAUUUGCUUAUUGCUCUGCUUUUUAUAAAAUAAAUAUUGCCUUUUUUUUUUUUUCUAUGUUCUGUGGAGUCAUAGAGAAUGCAGCCAACUGGAAAUAUCUGUUUUUGUUUUUCUCUUUUUAGUCUCGGAUGUCUAUAUCUGAGGAUUGUCUUUGUUGCUAGUUUUAACUUUCCUUCUUAACACAGAGCAUUGUAGCUGCUUUCUUAUUUUUCACCUAACAUCCUUUCUACAAUAUUUGCAUAUCCUGGAGAAUAUUUCAUUUUUACACGUGCAUUAUUUGUUCGUUCUUUGAUUUCUUGCUUAAACCUGUGGGUGUGUUGUUGGGUUUUUUUUUUUUUUAAUACAGCUCUUAAAUUUAUACCCGAAACGUGUCCUUGUGCAACUGCAGUGCAUUGUGUGUAUUGCUCUGCUUACCUAGUCAAUCAUUAAUGUGUGAGAAGAAUUUGCGAAAUAGUGCAUAAGGGAGAAUGUUAAAGUGAAUCUAAUGGAUGUGUAGUUUAUAAUUUUAGAGUAAAAUCUGCAUAGAUUGCAUCCACACUGCCCAGGUAGGAGUAAGAGGAGUGUUGGAGUGGACUAUGGAUAUGCAGCACAGCCAAAUCCACCCUCCUGGCUUCAUCUUUUGCAGGGUUACUAAUUAAAGUGACAUUCAAAGCGAAUUUCUGAUUUAAGUUAAAAAAAAAAAACUGACCUGGAAAAAAAAUUCUCUAAUACAGUUAUACUUUGUUUGGCUACUCUAGCCUUAACCCCUUAGUGACCAGACCGUUUUUUAUUUUAUUGUUUUUCAAUUUUCUUACCGUUUGGGACCAGGGCUCUUUUUACAUUUCUGCGAUGUUUGUGUUUAGCUGUAAUUUUCCUCUUACUCAUUUACUGUACCCACACAUAUUAUAUACUGUUUUCUCACCAUUGAAUGGUCUUUCUAAAGAUGCCAUUAUUUUCAUCAUAUCAUUUACUAUACAAAAAAAUUAUAAAAUAUGAUGACAUUAAAAAAAAAAACACUUUUUUUCUAACUUUGACCCCCCCCCCCAAAAUCUGUUAUGCAUCUACAACCACCAAAAACACCUGCUAAAAAGUUUCUAAAUAUUGUCAUGAGUUUAGAAAUACCCAAUGUUAACAUGUUCUUAGCUUUUUUUAUUUUUUAUUAUUUUAUUUUAUUUUUUGCAAGUUAUAGGGCAAUAAGUACAAGUAGCACUUUGCGAUUUCCCAAAAUUUUUUUUCAAAAUUAACGCAUGUUACAUUGUAACACUAUCUGUCAGGAAUCCAUGAAUAACCCUUCACAUGUAUAUAUUUUUUUAAAAGAACACAACCUAAGGUAUUAAACUUGGGGUAUUUUGUCUCUUUUCAUGCAACCAUUUUACCACCAAUCAAUGCCCAAAAAUUUUUUUUUUUUUUUAAAGUUGUAUUUAUUUUUUUUGACACACAUAGCAAUUUAAGAAUACAUGUACUGAGAAUUUUAAGGGUUACUGCCAAAGAACACCCCAAUAUGUGUUCAGCAACAUCUCCUGAGUACAGUGAUGCUCCCCCCAUGUAGGUGUGUUGGGUUCUCUGGGAGCUAAAAUAACUUAUUUUGAGGGUGCGCAUUCCAGUUUUCCAACUUGGAAUUUUCACAGCCAUGUCCUAUUUGGGACAUUUUUUUGAAGCCAGCCAAUGUAAUUAAUUAACCUCCAUCAAACCAUAUAUUUUUGAAAAGUAGACACCCUAGGGUAUUUCAGAUGGUGGUAUUAUAACACUUUCCAUGCACUAAUUCUACCACCAGUCUUUGUCAAACUUUUGGGUAGUCAUGUUUUUGUGUUCUUUUUCUCUCACAUUGAACUUUAGGCAUGGAUCUCCUGAGUACAAACUUACAGGGGUCAAAUGUAGGGCUUUUCCAUGUUUGCACAUUGAAAUUUGCCAGAUUGGUUUGCUGUGCCUAUGUUGCCUUUGAGACCUUAUGGCAGCCCAGGAAUGAAAAUUAACCCCAUCAUGACAUACCAUUUGUAAAAGUAGACAACCCACAGUAUUCAAAAUGGGGAACGCUUGCCAAAGUUAGCAUUCAUAUUUGUUUUUGUUUUUUUGUGUAACACAAAAACUGCACUUUUUUACUGAUGAUUUUAUCGUUGUGAUAAGUUUUACUGUUUUAAACACUCAUAUUUGUGUUGAGCGAAGUCUCCCAAGUAUAACAAUAUCCCCCAUGUACAGGUUUUAUGGUGUUUUGGAAAGUUACAGGGUCAAUAUAGGGCUUGCUCAAAUUCAGUUUGCCAGAUUGGUUUGCUGGGUCUGUGUUGCCUUUUGAGACCAUAUGGUAGCCCAGGAAUGUGAAUUAACCUCAUUAUGGCAUACCAUUUUCAAAUGUAGACAACCCAGGGUAUUCAAAAUGGGGUAUUUCCAGUCUUUUGUAGUUGCCACUUAGUCACAAACGCUGGCCAAAGUUGGCGUUCAUAUUUUGUCUUUUGCAUUUUUUUUUUUACACAAACUGCACUUUUACUGGUGAUAUCGUCGUGGUGGGUUCUUUUACUUUUUAAAACACUCAUAUUUGUGUUCAGCGAAGUCUCCCGAGUAUAACAAUACCACCCAUGUGAAGGUUUUAUGGUGUUUUGGAAAGUUACUGGGUUAAAUAAGGGGCUUGCCAAUUAAAUUCUCUGGACUGUCUGACUGGGUUGUCAGGCAGGUCCCUCAAAUUAUAAUUAUGUAGUUAAAAGGUGUGUGUGUGUGUGUGUGUGUGUAUGUAUGUAUGUGCCAAGCCUAGCUUUUCCUACAGAAAUCACACGUUUGUAGUAUAUACACACACUUUUAUUUCCUAUAUAUGUAUAAUCUAUUAUAAAAUAAUUUGAGCAUUUUAGAAUAUAUUAUGCAUAUAUAAGAUUUUCAUUAUAUGUGUAUUUUGAGAGGUGUGUGUGUGUGUAUAUAAUAUAUAUAUAUAUAUAUAUCCUCAAAGUACACUAAUAAUGAAAUCAUAUAUAUGUAUAAUAUAUUAUAAAAUGCUUUAAUUAUUUUACUAUAUAUGUAUAAAUUUUUUUUUUAUUUUUUAUUUUUUAGCAGCCUGGGGGACUGCCUGACCGCUCAGACUGUCGCGCUGCUGGCAGCUCUAUAGACUCCUAUUGCAUCCAUGUGAUCAUGGUGAUCACAUGGCCCUUCAGGGCCGGGGUGGCCAGAGCUGCUGCAAGGGGACUGCUGGGGUUUUAGGCAGUCCCCCCCCACCCCCACAGGGAUCGCCACAGAAUGGUCAGGAAGGGGUUAAAGGAACACUAUAUGUCCAUUUCUAACUAUAGUUCUCUAGUCAAUGCUUAUUUAUCUAAACACCCGCCUCCAGGGUUAAAAAAGUGAGUUUACCUGCCUUUUAUCAUUCACAGCGACACUCUUCACACUGCUGUCUUGUCUCCGUGGCGGAGAUCAUCAAGAUUAAUGAUCUCAACAAAUCCAAUGCUUUUGAAUAGAAAAGCUUUAAGAGGCUAGUAUGCAUGUGAUGUAAAACUGCAUGCCGUGCCUAUAUGAUGGUCUCUGAGUUUUAAGCCAUGAUUGUGGAAGAAGAUCCUCUAGUGGCUGUCAGUAUGACCGCCAAUAGAGGCAGGUUAACCCUGCAAUGAAAACAUUGCCAUUCUGCAGCAAUGUUCUCAGCUGCAUGGUUAAAACGAGAAUGGGUGUACAUGGCACUUGAGGUGAAGUGGUUUGGGUGCCUAUAGUGUUCCUUUAAAUUUGAAGUUCUCAUCUCACUUAAGUAAAUAAACCUAUUGAUCUCCAAUUGUACAUUUUAAACCUUCUCCAUUUUUAUUUAUCCUAGUAGCUAGAAUCAGUAAUGAGGUGAAUUUCUCCAUAUGUACAUUAACAUUAGAACAGUCUACAUGCUAAUUUUAGAAUGUUCUAUGUUGCAGUCAGAGCGAGAAUCUUCAGAUGCAAAAUUGGCCAAACUUAAGCUUCAGGCAAAGGCAAAAGUGACAAACUUGAAUAAGCAAAUCGAAGAACUAAAAAAAGCAUCAGACAGCCGUGUAAGUUAUUUCUCCACACCAUUUAGUUGCUUUCUAUUUUUGUGCUAGAUUAGUGGUUCCCAAAACAGUCCUCAUGGUACACUAACAGUCCCGGACUUAUGUAUUUCCCUUUUUUAUUCCAGUGGAGAUACUGACAAAACCUGGAGUGUUGAUUGACAAUGAGGACUGGUUUAGGAACCACAGUGCUAGAUUUCGCACAAUUGGCUUUUCUAUUAGUGUUCCAUAAACUGUGACUGGAUACCCCUUUAACCCCUUAAGGACACAUGACAUGUGUGACAUGUCAUGAUUCCAUUUUAUUCCAGAAGUUUGGUCCUUAAGGGGUUAAGAGGUAGCACUGAUUUUAGUGCAGCAUAUUAUUAUGCAGUUAAAUUACAGUCACCGUAUUAUAAGUUCCUGUAUUCUCUGCAUUCCUUUUACAUUUUCUGUUUACUUAUUAAAUUAAAUAAUCUAAUUUUGGAAUAUCUCCUCUUGUUUGUUCGUCUUUGGAUGCUCUUUUACUUAAUUAGGCCAAGACAAACAAUUCCUCUACUAUUUGGGCUUCUAUUUCUUGAUAACGUUGCAUUUCUUUAGAGCUCUUCCAUUACAGCUGCUUUCUGAUAUCUUAGUAUCUUGACUGCACUAAUGCUGCUUGGUGACUGUCCACUACUGUGCCCAUAUAGGUUAACCAAGAUGGAAGUGGAGAUUCGAGCAAUAAGGAGAAGAGCAAGUUCCAGCAGGAAAAUGACAAGGAGAAACAGAAACUGGAGGAUAUUGUUUCUGAACUUACAAGGCAGCUCCAGGAGAAACAGGAGAACAUUGGUACGCUUACAAAAGAGCUUGAUGAGAGCCAGCUAACUGUAACAGAGUUUACAAGACACCUCAGCGAUAGUCAGCAGACUGUUACUGAUCUCACAAGAGAACUCCACAACAGCCAAGAAACUGUGAGACAGCUUCACAUUGCACAAGAGAAGCAUGAGACUGAGGUAAGCAUGGUUAUCAUACUGACAAUGGUGUGUAUGGUGUCCUGGUAUAUAAACCUGCUACAUUUAAAGAUCCCUAUCCUGUGAUUAGAUUAUUUUCAGGAAAUGCUAAGAUUUUUCCUUAUUACUACCUUUUAUACGCCAUAAAAAGGGCCUAAUGAAAAAUGUUCUAUGGUGCACCAGUAGUGUUGUGUUUUUUUUUUUUUUUCUUUUUUUUUCUUUUCCCCUUUGUCUGGGCAGCCAUGCUGGUCAGACUCUACUUUAAUCGGACCAACUGCUGCUUGUCCUAUGUCCUAUAUCCUGACUGUAUAUCUCUACUGAAUUUUCCUCGUAGCUGGAAGAAGUGCUAUUUAAUGAUUAUAGCUCUUUCCCCCAGGUAAUCAGAUGACAUCUAGUUCUGGGAGUACAACUCUCAAGGUUUUUAUUGUCAAGGCACAGUCUUUUAUACACGAUCCCCAGCAUGGGGUCCCUAUUCAAGACAGUGAUGGUGCCUCUGUGUCUGAGAGAUAGUUGAGUUAAUCUCCCGGAUACAAAGGACACAGCACAAAAAAGCAUAAAAACAAGCAGGAACCCCAGCACAUCAAAUAUCCCGGUGUGACAAAGCUGGCAAAAUAGCGCUCAGAUCCAUGGAGAAUAGACAAAUUGCCACCUGGGUAAAGAUUUGACUGACUGCUAACAUGGUCCAGAGUUUCAGACAACAAAUAUUUAUUUUUUAUUUUUUUUUGUCCAGUCAAAUGUCGGGGAUGCUCCCCCUGGCUCUCAGGGAAUGAUUGUUCCUCUGUCUAUUGUACCUCCCCUACAAAUAGCGCUCUCCUGUCUGGCCGGAUAUAUAGGUGUUGUCCAGCUUGAGUUACACAGAAUUGUGACUAGGGUCCGCUAUAGUGCUCCCGGCUUUCUGGAUGCAGUGGCCAGCCAUAGGAAUAGGGGCUCUCGGUCAUGUAACAUGGAGAGGAGGGAGAGCCAUGGGUAGUGAAAUAGUCUUUUAAUAAAAUGGUGGGGGACCGAACCAGGGUUCACAACACUGUUCAUCCUAACUUGCCUGCUGUUGCAGUUUCACAGAGAGCAGUUACAGCUGCAGGCGAGUUAGGUUGAGCGGCUGUUGGAGACUGACCCAAAUGGCUGCUUUUUUUUUUUUUUUUUUUUUUUGGGUUCCAAAAUCAUUAAUAUACAUCUUAUUCCUGUUUUUUUUUGUUUUUUUAUUCAUACUUCUAUAUAUUAUAAAUGUAAUAAACUUUAAAAAAAUUUAAAGGUAAAAGUUGACUAAAGUCAUACAUACACACAUGAAUAUCUGACGGUGUCUCUGCGGUUAUUCCAUUAUUGCGGUGCUAUGUAGGAUAAUGAGGAUCGAGCCACUUUACUUUUGUAUUGUGGUAUAUUAAAGUUCUGGUACUGGUACUGGGCCGGACAUUACAGGAGGUUGGAACAGAUUGAGGAGAGCAUUCUACUCAGGUAGGGUGGGAGCUUCCCUGAAAAGCUCUCAUGCUCAUGGCUGGAAAGAUGAAGGGUGCAUCGAGAUUCCAGCAAUAGCCAGUUUAGCCCUUUUAACAUGUCACAAUGGUGGGUCAUGUAAUUGCGUUAUAGCACAAAGCUGCAGAAUGAGUUUUACAACGUAUUAAGUUUAUGACGGUGUGUUCGCGGUGCAGGUGCCUCCCCAUAAUCCAUGAAUGGCAUUUGCAUUUGUUGCACUGUCUGUUUUUAUUACCGUGGUGCUAAGGCAGGAUUUGUUUCUGUACAGGGCACUUAGUUUUGGAUAAAGUUUUUCAGUGUACAGGUCGAAAGAUAGAUUGGGGUCUAGCAACCUACCUAGAUAUUUAUUUAAAAGAACAGACUGCAGUCAGUGUGCUAUUUGAUUUUGUUAUGAUGCAUGGUUGAGACUUUAGUAAUUUGUUAUUUAGGUACUGUUCCAAAGAUCAUUGUGACUGUUUUGUCAGUAUUUAGGAAAAGUUUGUUAUCCAUAAUCCACUUUUCUAUCUUCAAGCUGUGGUGUCGUCUGCAUAUAUGUGCACAAUUGAGGCUUUGCAGACGUUAGGCAGAUAAUUUAUGAAUAAUGUGACUAGUAGGGCGCCGAGUAUUGAGCCUUGGUUAAAACCAGCAGGUGACAGAGAGAAGGAGGGAGGCGCUAUCAGAAAUGGACAUAUAACGCAAUCGAUUUGAUGCAUAUGAUCGAAACCAGGUUAGCAGACUAUCACCAAUACCGGAGUUGUUAAAUUUUUGCAAUACAAUGCUAUGAUCUACUGUGUCAGUCCUUGGCUGAGUGUUUGGCUCGAAUGCCAUAUGAAUGGAAACCCUUUCGGGCAAACUCACGGUUCGUGUAUAAGAACGGGACUCAGAGAGCUGUAACCCGGAAGUUGUGGGGGGAGUGAGAGUUUUUGGUGAUUCAGAUCCGUUGGCGGGAUAACAGCUGGUGGAGGAAUUGCAGCCUCGGAGAGCUGGAAACUUCGCUGGUGGACCAAGGAGAGGCCUAGCCGGAGUAAGGUAAGGCUGGUAGCCGGGCUAGUAUGCUGUAUGCUGUAUACGGCCGGGUAUUGCAGGGAGAACUUGUCAUGAUCAGCGUGGGAGCGAAGUCAGAGGUUCUGAAUGAACCCAGUGGUGUCGGUCCUGUCAUGGAGGGGGCCUGAGUUUUUAUAGCCGGGUAACCCCUCCCACAAAUAUAUCUAUAUCUAUCUCUAUCUCUCUCUCUCUAUCUAUCUAUCUAUCUAUCUAUCUAUCUAUCUAUCUCUAUAUAUAUAUAUAUAUAUAUAUAUAAUCUCUCCACCUCGCUCUGCCAUACUAAGUGGCACUGCAAGUACUCCAGUUUCUCGACACUUCUUGGAAAUGGGACACAACUUAUCUUCACUCUGGUUUAUGGGCAUAGACCAUAUACCAUUCUCAUCCAGAGGGGGGGGAUCAUGACAACCUACUGCUUAAGCGUGAAGCAUUUUGGAUCUAUACCCUAAAAACUUCCCCCAGCUGGCCUAAAUGAGAAAAAGUUGUUACACUUUUUAAUUUUUAAUUUUUUUGUGUUUUAAAUCAUCAAGAAGAUAAUGCAUCAUAGGGUUAUAUCUUAUAUUAAAUGUAUUUGUGAUAUAUAGUUCUUCAUCAAAUCUCCAUGGUUGAAUCAAUGCAUAUCAUACAAUUGUCUAGUUUGAAGUAUAUUUACAGUGUUUAUUUACACUAGCUACUAUAUGCUUGUUACAUACUUUACAAAUUUUACAGAUAUUAUUAUGAUAGGCAUUUUGUGGCUAUUUCUCCUUUGGUUACGGGUUAAAAACUUGUACAUAUAUCUUUUUAUUUAUAUUUUUACUUCUAUCCUUUUAUAUUCCACAUACCUGUUACAUACAGGGUUAAUUCUGUUUUCUACGUAUUUUGAAUGUGUCUACGUCAUUAUUGACUUCACGUAGACUCGUUGUCACCUUUCACCCUCUAAUAAGAUCACUGCAUUUUCAUAUAUAAGGCAUUCACUUCACACAAAUAAUUGUCUUUAAAAAAGUCUUUAUAGACUGAAACGGCGACCUGUACGGUGUGUUAUCCUGUUAUUGCUCAAUAAAGCAACAUUUAUAAUUAACUUUAAAAAGACUCCUGAGUGCUGUCUACUGAAAUCAUAUAUAAUUUGGUUGGAGAAAGCACCGGAGCAGAGAAAGACCGGGAGCAUCGAGUGCUGGGAUUGAUAGAGGGGGGGGCGAAGCCAAACGCUGAACCUGCCAAUCAGCAACUCCUCAUAGAGAUGCAUUGAAUGAAUGCAUCUCUAUGGGUAAAGUUCAGCAUCUCCACUGUGCAGCACUGCCUCAGGAAGCGCCUCUAGAGUUGUUCCUAGGCUGUUAUGUAAACACUGCCUUUUUACUGAAAAGGCUGUAUUUACAUCAGAAAGCCUGCAGGGACUGACUAUACAUCAACGAAGGGAUUUCCCUGGUCACUCCGUACAAUGUGUUAUGGGAGUGCCCUCUACUAUGUAAUUGCAGCACGAGAGGGAAUGUACUAAGCAUGUAUGUUUGUAUAUUCGUGCUUUUGGAAUAAUUUAUCCUGUGCUAUACUAUUUUGUGUGUAUGGUUUUGUAUUUAAUUAUUAUUGUUUCAUGAAAAGAUAUAUGUGUGUGGUUCUUUUAUGUAAUUCAAUAGAGUUAUGCUAAUUGUGUUUACAACCUGUGCCUAGUUAGAAUUGAUAUGAUAGUCUUCUAUAAUUUAUUUGGAAGUCAUGUUCUUCUGGAAUUGAGUGCUAUUCCCUUGUUUUCACAUAAUGUUUCUAUUCAUAUGUGUGUUUGAGAGUCAUCUUUUCUUUAUCUGCUUGUGUCAAUGACUGUAGAUGCAGUGUGAUUAAACAGAAAGAAUACACAACUAUUUUACUUCUCAUUUACAGCCAUGUCUUGUGUAUCGCUUUGAUUUAGUGCUUUGACGAUAGGUGUGAUAUUGGGUUCUAUUUUUGUUUAUAGAUUCUUCAUUUGCAGAGAAAACUGGAGGAACAUGUUGAGUCUCUUCGCUCACGCACUCAAGUGGUGGAAAUGAUGGAGCAGGAGCUCCAAAGUGCAGAGCUUCAGAAACAGGUAAUGAUACAAGAAAGUGCACACAUGUUCUAGACCCUUUAAUACAAUACAUUCGCUUUGCUAUCUAAUAGGAAUAUGAUUAUUACUAAUUUGUGAAAUCUUUAUUUAAAAUUACUUUAUCUACCAAAAACUCUAUUAUUGAACCGUACUUAAAGGAGCACAUUUAAUAACAAACAUAAAAAGUUUGUGUGUGUGCCAGCCUCCUGCCACCAGACUGUGGGCUUGUUCCUAAGAGUCCCUAAAAAGGACUAUUGUUACUAACGAUAGCGGUAUGGGGGGAUACUUAUUCAGCGACCUUUUGGGGAUCGCCUGGACUAGUCCUACAUCGAGCACCUGACUAAGAGAUACUCUGGAACUAUUUCUUUGAUCAGGACUUUGCUGUGAUCUGGUAAAUUAUUAAUUGGGUACGCUCGGUAACCCCAGAUCACCAAAUAGUAUUUGGAGGGGAGGUGAGGAGGCUUAGAGAAUACAUGGGACUUGAGUUCGCUCCCCUCACUAGAGCCCCAGGAACCCCUUUUGUGAAACCGGGACAUCUGGAACUCCUCGCCAGAGUGGAUAAAAGCUGCGACCCGGUAAAGCUAUUUGGAUAGUGAGGGUGUUUGGUGACAUACUUACCAGGGACAUGUGUUGGUUUUGGGGGGCAUUUUGUGUUGUUCCUCUAGGAAGGUGCGAGCACAGCAGGGAACCUAUUGUGUUGGCUGGGGCUAACUUAAGUUCCUAGAGACCCUGGUAGCGGAGAGGAAGCCAACUAGGCUGAGGUACUUGGCUCCAUCACAAUAUAAUUUCCUUGUUGUGAUUUAGCUUUUAUAAAAAAUAAAUUGAAAUACCAUAAAAGCCAUUGCACCUUCAGCCGGACUGUCAGCAUUUUGGCCAUGUUCUCACUAUUAUGCAAAAAUCCUUUUCUUUUCAGAAUCCCCUGACAGAAAAUGCUGCAGGCAGAAAGACCACAUGUUUUUGAAAAACAUGGGACAGUUGCAAAAUAGUGAGCAUUGGUUCAUGUCUGUAGCUUUGUUGUUCUGUUUGUUUUAACUGUGUUCUGACCAGUUGUAUAGACAAACCCUGUUUCUCAUGGGGCUAUAAUUAUGAAAAAUAUAUUUGUUAUACAGUAAAAUAACCCUAGGUGAUGUAUUAUGAAAAUAUAGAUAUAUAUAGAAUGGGUGCACUUAAACUUUUCAAUUACGAGACAACUACAUAACACUUUCAUUUUUGUUCAAAAGUUGGAUAAUUGUCUCUACCCUUAAAAGGUAAUCUCUAUAGAGGAGUCCUGCUACAAAGAGGUUUGUUUUUGUUUCUGGUAUUUUAAGUAAAAUAUGUAUGUUUGUAUUUAAUUUCCUUAGGUUUUGUCUGAGCAGUAUCGACAGAUGGAGAAGGAGCUGUUAUCUUUGAAAGAUACUCUUGAUGUGGCACAGGAAGAAAAUAUGGCACAGUCUUCCAUCUCUAAGGAGCUACUGAAAGAAAAAGAUCUCAUCUGUCAGAGACUGCAGGAAGAAUUGGAACAAGAACGAACAUCUAAAGAAAAGUUACAAAUAUUGAAAGAAGAGCUUGAAAUGAAACAUGGUUUUUGGGAUGAGUUGAGCCAACUGAAAGAGGACAUUGAGAGAGAAAAGGGUGCACAUGAAGUCUUGGAACAAAUGAAAGAAGAGCUGAUGAGAGUAAAGGGUGCACAGGAUGAGUUACAAAGACUAGACGAUGAGCUGGAGGUAGAAAGGAAUGCUCAUGAGAUGCUUGAACAAGUUAGAGAAAAACUAGAUAGAGUGAAAGGAGCACAAAAAACACUGCAAAGCAUACAAAAUGAGCUAGAGGGUGAAAAAGCUGCUCAGGAGAUGUUAGAACAAGUAAGAGAGGAACUUGAGAGAGUGAAGGGAGCUCAGAAUGAGUUACAAACUAGGAGAGAUGAACUUGAGUGCACAAGAGAAACCCUGAAAAAUCUUGAGGAGCUGGAGAAAGGAAGAAAUGUUCAAGAUGAUUGUGGAAAAAUGAGAGAAGAAUUGGAGAGAGUUAAUGCAGCUAGGAAUGACUUAGAAAUGAUGAGAGAAGAGCUAGAGAGACAAAGCAGUAUUUGGGAAGACCUGGAAAGAGUCCAAAAAGAGCUAGAGAGUGGAAGAGAGGCUGAGGAGAAGUUGAAUCAACUUAAAGAGGAGUUGGAGAGGCAGCAAGCAGCUCAGGCUGAAUUAUUGAAAGUUAAACUUGAAUUAGAGAAAGCCAGAGAAGCUCAGGAAGAGCUGAACUUAAUGAAGGAGGAGCUAGAGAGAUUUUCUGGAGCCAAGGCCGAGCUGGAAAGAGUAAAACAAGACCUUGAUAAAGAGGGUGGUGACCGGGAAGAUAAUGAGGCCGUAAAAGAGAAACCACAAAGUGAAAUGGAGGAUCCGGAUAUCCAGGGAAGAUCUACAUAUAUGCAAGAGGAAGUGAUGGUAAUUGAAGAUGGUCUAGUAGAGAGUGUGGUUGAAGGGGACCUGGAAAAAGCAGCUCAAGAAGAGAUGGCUAAUGAAAAAGAGGACCCGGAAAACCGCUUAAGCCUUUAUCAGCACUCCAGUAGUGUUUCAGAGAUGACAACAGUGUGUGAAGAACUUCAGAUGUCAAGUGAAAAUUCAAAGUUGGAGUCAGGGGAAAGCAUCUCUGGUAAAGAUGUUUCUAUGUGUUAUAGUAUAAUACAAUGUGCUGGCUCAAUCCUCUAAAGCUAAAAUUAUCAAAUAUAUUUACACCCUCAUAUAUCCACACUCCUAGCCAGACCUAAAAUUACUUACUAUUGCAAUCCACCUGCAGAAAUGUUUGCAUGGAAAUGGUGGCAGCACAUGCAGCUGCAUUUCCCCCGCACAAGAAAUCAUAAAAAUAAAAUGUAUUCUAAAUUUGCAAGCAAUUAGCCAGCACAAUGUAUAAAUUAAGUUGCAAUCAUGUAGCACAGGGGUCGCCAACCUACAUUCUGCAGGCCUUAUAAGGCCAGCUCCUUACAAUGCUCAUGCUCACAAAUGCCCAUGAUAACAUCGUGCUCUGGGGGAUCUCACUUGGCAGAGUAGAUACCUGCCUAUCCACACAGCAGGUGCCUACUUAGCUCCCUUGCUACCGGUAAAUUUGAUCUAUGUUCUUACUGAACUCUUCCUGCACAGCUCUCUCGCAUGCCCGUUGGUGAUGCCGGGACGUGACGUCACCACGGUGUCAGCAUCAAUACAAGGCAUGAAUGGGAGUUGAACAGGAAGUACACAUUGAUCUCAGCAGCCCCACUGACCAUCAUGAAGAGGAUUCACUCCAGCUCUUCCAAGCACAGGUUGCAAAGCUGGGUGUAGACCUUUUAACAGAUAAAUAAAAAUGUAGUGCCUGUAUGUGUGCAUGAGUAUGUUUGUGUCCAGUUGAUAGCACCCUAACCUGGUAUUGUUGAAUAUGGCAGUCCCUCUUAAUGAUACCAAAUUAUGGUGCUAUCUACUAAACAGCUGAAAGAGCAAAAGGGCCUUUCUCAAUUUUAAUCUUUCAGCUGCUUAUUAGAUAACUUCUUAAACUGGCACCCUUAUGUGGGAUUGCCAUAUUUAUGUAUACCGAAUUAGAGAGCUGUUUAGCAGAUAACUCUCAUAUUUGGUGUCCUUAAAUAUUGCAAUCCCAUGUAAGCAUAGCAACUUAAUGAGCCAUCUACUUUUACAAUUUUUUUGUUGCAUAGGUGAAAGUGUCCUCCAUCCAUUUACAGACCAGGUAUCAACCCUCAUGUUGGGGGGAGAAAAAGGUUUCCAACGCCUGAUGUUGUACAUGAUUGAAAAGUUAACUCCAUACAAGUGGAGAACAAGAGAAAUGUACCUAUGAUCUCUCUCUCGUUAAUCAUUUAUUUUGCCUAGAAUGCAUGCAGACAGUUAUUUGUAGCCUUUAAAGUUUGCCUUCGUGUAGCAUAUGGUGAGGGUUAACCGGCAGAUGAAAGCUCUGCAGAAAAGUUAUUCAACUGCUGGGACCAAUGAUAAAAUUAUGAAAAAAAUAAAUAAAAAAUCCCACUGUCAUAGUUUUGGUGAGAGAAGAGGGGGUUCUAUGGCACACUGUCCAGAGCUGAAUAUUUCACUGGCUAAUGGUAGAAUGGAAGUUUGUAAGUCUCCAGCACUUUGGUGUUGAACCGUUCGAAAGUGGUUUAAUCUAAUAGGGAAAGAUGGAGCUCAGGAACUACAGCCUCCAGAACAAUUUCAAAAUUAAGUUGUUAUGGUGCCCAGAGUGUUCCUAUAAGAGCCAGAAAGGGGCUUACCUUUCAAUUUCUCUUCCCUUUUCAUAUAUGGCAAAUCUUUUAUGCCUUCUAUCGGAUUGUUAUUGCUAAACUAAGCAUUCCUCUCUGUCCCUUCACCGGUAAUGAGGAAGAAACAUAUCUUAUCUUAUUGUAUGACAGUCAUGGUGUUAAUGAGAUUUAUAUGGUCUUUCUGUUUCAGUGUCAGAUAUCUCGUAUAUCUUGUCCUCUGCUGAGAGUCACCAGGACUUUACAGAAGGACAUUCUGUGCAGGUAAGGAUAGAUGUGCAGAAUGAAUCUUUGUUGAAUGCCCAAUGCAGUCUUCUUAUUUUUAAAGUGAUUAUAAAUCAGAGUUUAAAGUAACUGCAAGGUUUAUAGACUUUGCUCUUAUGUCACCUUUACAGUUAUUUGGCUAGUUCUACAAGGUGUGGAUUGUGUGAAAUGUGGUAAGAGUACCCUGACGCUAUUUCUCGGAAAUUGGGCUAACUAUUCUACAACAGUUUGCCAUCUUACCUGGUCUUGCUGGGCACCAAGGUCCAAUGAUGGUGGCUGAACCGCAUAAAGCUUCUGUUGGACUGUAGCAGCCAAUUGAUAGUCCUAGAGCUCAUUCUUUGACAUUGUGUGCAUAUUAAUAUGCACUCUUGUUCUGAGCUACCUAAUGAUGCUGCCGGGUGUGCAGUUAUAUCUCCACAUCUGGGGUUAAACUCAGUAGGUGCAGCGGUUCCAUGUACCAUGACCACCUUAAAUCACAAACGUGGUCAUGGUACUUGAAGUAACCCUAAAGGAAUGUAGUUUAAGCCUUUUUUUUUUUUUUUUUUUAUAAAUCCUCCGUCAGAACAUACUGGAUGUUGAAUUUGCCCUUACUGAGAAGUUUGACAAGGGAACUUUUAUCAACACAUUGAAGGGGUCAAACAAGUCUUCUUGAAUCAUGAUCACGAACAUAAGCUGUAUAGUUCUUAUAGUGUUCCUAGUGACUCUUCAAUUGAUCAUACAUUUGCACUACUACCUGCACAUACAAUACUCACAAAUGGAAAAGCCUAUGAUAAAAUUUCAUUUAAAGGACCACUCUAGGCACUCAGACCACUUCAGCUUAAUGAAGUGGUCUGGGUGCCAGGUCCAGCUAGGGUUAACCCAUUUUUUUUAUAAACAUAGCAGUUUCAGAGAAAUUGCUAUAAUUAUGAAUGGGUUAAGCCUUCCCCCUAAUCCUCUAGUGGCUGUCUCAUUGACAGCCACGAGAGGUGCUUGCGUGCUUCUCACUGUGAUUUUCACAGUGAGAGCACGCAAGCGUCCAUAGGAAAGCAUUGUAAAUGCUUUCCUAUGCGACGGGCUGAAUGCGCGCGCAGCUCUUGCCGCGCGUGCGCAUUCAGCCGACGGGGAGGAGGAUCGGAGGAGGAGAGCUCCCCGCCCAGCGCUGGAAAAAGGUAAGUUAUUACCCCUUUUCCCCUUCCAGAGCCGGGCGGGAGGGGGACCCUGAGGGUGGGGGCACCCUCAGGGCACUAUAGUGCCAGGAAAACGAGUAUGUUUUCCUGGCACUAUAGUGGUCCUUUUAGAGUUGAUCCCUGUUGGCUUUGAAGUAAAAUAUUGCUGCAUAUUACACUGUAAUAGCACAAGUAACUGUUAAGUGGAGUCUUUAAAUUGUUUAUUUUUUAAAUAAACUUAUCCACACUUUUUUUUUAAUUUAUUUAAAUUUUGUCUGUUGAAACCCAGACUCUCUUCUCUGCUCUAUCCUUUUAUAAAUGUAGGUUAAGUUUUUUUUUAUUAAAUUAUAGUACUGAAGUUUUGGAGACUCAUGUUAUUAACAUUGAUUUUUCUACUGAUGUUAUCUACCUGCGCAACUUAUGUGUAUGGGUUGUUGUAACUGUGUCAUCUGAUUAUAAAUCUUUUGCUGUAGGUGCUGCAGUCUUACAUCACUAAAGAUAUUGCGGUAACAAUGGAAGGCAUGAAGGAGAAGCAACUGUCCAUUCUUAUGGUGGAUAUCAAUGAUGCCCAGGAGGAGAUACAGAAGUUAAAAGACCAAAUGACUGAAGAAAGGGAGUCAAAUAACGAUGAAAGAUCAGCUCUGACAGCAGAGGAAAAUAACAGUGUAUUCACUGAAAUAAUUCAAGAAGCAAGUUCUACUAGAAUCUGGAAAGAGCAAACAGAGUUCCACAAGGAAGAAGAAUACAGUACAAUUAGUACAUCGUUGCAAUUUUCUCACAGUGAUCAAUCUGCAGUGAUUACCUGUAUCAGCGAGUCAGAAGCAGAUGUGGCAAUCAAUGGGGUCCAGGAGCAUGAGACAUCUGAUAGCAAAUAUGACGUCUCAACAUCACAGUGUGCUGCAUGUAAAGGUUUUAACAGAGAUUCUGAGAUUCUUUUGUUGCAAAAUAUGGUGGCGGAUCUCAAAAUUCAAGUGACCGCUCUUGCUUCUGAAAAAGAAGUCUUGGCCAUAAAACUCCAAAAUCAAAUGCAUGAGCCUGAAUUUGCAGAGGGACAAAUUGGCACUGGAAGAGAUCUAAAAGACAUAGAGGAACUUCAGAUGACCAACUAUGAGAGUCAGAACAUUCUGAAGGAACAAUUAAACAGCUUAGAAAAUGAAUCCAAAUCUAAAGACUUGAAAAUUGCUGCCCUGCAAAAGGACCUGGAUCACCUUAAUUUAAUCCUCUCUGAGCAAGAAUCACUCUCACGAAUGCAGAGCAAACAACUUAAUGAGGAAGCAAGCCAAGUGGAGAAAAUGCAGGAAAUCCUGAGCCAUAGCCAGAGUAAAGAGGAGAGACUUUCUGAGGUGCUUGCUGCUAAUGAAUGUGAAAUUGUUUCACUUAGAGAAUUGCUUUCCCAGAAAAGCACACAGAUUGAAACUUUGCAAUUGUCUGUACAAGAGAAAGAUCAGCAGGUGGCAGAGAUAAGCCAUAGCUUUUCUGAUAAGAUGGUUCUCCUAAAUGAAGAAAAGUACACCAUGGAUAAAGAAAUUAAGGCCCUAAAGGCACAACUGAAUUCAUCUAAUAGGGAGCAAAAUGAAGAAAUGAAAGAAUUGUCAGAGGCAGUAAGAAAAGAAAAUACAGAAAUGCGUAUUCAGCUGGAAACCAUUCUUAAGGAGAAAUAUCAACUGCAGGAAACCCUGGAGUUAAUGCAGAAAGAGGAACGGGAACUUAAUGGACGCAUAGAAGUUCUACAACACACUAACAUUCAGGACCAAGAAACCCUGAAAUCCGUUCAAGAAGACAGAGAUAUGUUGGAGACUCAAGUGCAAGCACAUUUGCAGAAGGUAAACGAGCACGAAGAGUUAUUAAUUGAGAUGGAAGCACUUAGACAUGCUCAUCUGCUACAGCAAGAGAUGGUGCAAGCACAACAGAAAACUCAAGAGGAACUGCAGGAUCAACUUCUUGUACUGACAGAGAAACAACGACACAGCCUGGAAGAUUUACAGCAUUUGCAGGAAGAGAAAAGCGAAUUGGAGUCUCAGCUGAAAUUCUACCUCAGUCAGCCACUGGAAGAAGAAAAGAAAGAUGGCUCCAAUGAGGCCAGUGAGCUGCAACAAAAGCUGGAACAUCAAAGGAAAGACAAUGAGCACCUUAAGAAGAAGCUUCAGGCUGCACUAGUCAAUAGAAAGGAACUGAUGAAGAAAGUGUCAGAAUUGGAGAAAGCUUUGGCGAAAGAUGGGGAGCCUUUGUCCUCUUGUGAUAACAGUGAUGCUGAUGUUUUAGAUAUCCCAAAGACACAAGAGCAAAAGAUGGCUGAAGAGUUUCUGAAACAGCAACUUUCUGACAGAGAAUCGGAACUGGAGAAUGCAAAAAAGGAACUGGUUGAAAAAACUGCAGCUUCAGAGUUGCUUCAGUCACGCAUAGAUAAAUUGACUGUAGAACUGAAUGAGAAGAACAAAACAAUAGAGUUUCUAAAUGUAGACAAGAUGGGAAAUCUGUCUGUGACUGCAUCACCAUCUCCACAUCCAGAGAAUACUGAUCUUAAUGCAUCCAUUAACCAAGAACAUGAAUCUAAUGCCAGAGUUGCUCUAGAGAAUAGAAUAGCUAAUCUAGAGCAAGAAAAGGAGAUUCUUCAGAAGAAGAUUCAAGAUACACUAAACUCCCGCAGAGACACAAUUAAAAAAGCGCAAGAAAAAGAUAGACACCAUCGUGAACAACUUAAGCAACAGAAAGAUGAGUUUAACUUAUUACAGGAAAAGUAUGAAGUACUACAGAAAAAUCAAAAUGCUCAGUUAGGACAGUUAGGAUUUGACCAAGAAAGCGAAGCACAUACUGUGAGCCAGUAUACAUCAGGAGAGCCAGACAAAGUCCAUACCUCAAAUAAAGAAUCGGAAAUGCAGUUUCAACAUACUGCCUUUUCAGAGAAAAAUGCUCAGGACUCUGGUUGGGACAAUGAUUGGGUGGAGUUUUCUACUGCUGAAGUUACAGAUAAUCUUGUUGAUGGAACGCCAAACACAGAACCCACUCUGGAAAGCUAUAAAACACAACUAAAUAUCUUCAAAACCCAGAAGGAUGAACUUGAAUUAAGAACUACACAAAUUGAAGAACAACUUUCCCAGCGCUUGGAAGAAGUUGCACAUCUAAAAGAUACUGUAGAACAAUUAACAAGGCAGUUAGAUCGAGAGAAAGAAACCAAUCAUGAGUCCAAUACACAAGCUGCUAUUUUGAAAGCAGAACUUGAAAACAAACUCCAAGAGACCAUCCAUCAUCUAGAAUCAGAAAUCAUGCAUAUUAGGGAAGAAUUAAAUACUAGGUAUGAGGAAAUUACAAAUCUUAAUAUAACACUAGAGGAAAACAAGGAAGAUCUACAGAAUGUUCAAACCUCUUUGUUGGAGAAAGAUAAUUUGAUCAUAGCUCUCAAAGUGCAGCUUGAAAAUCAGACUAAAGAAUUUAAAGACCAUAGCAGCAGGCUUGAAAUGCAGGUUUUAGAAGUACAGCAGAAGCAAGAUGAGGACAUUGAGGAAGAAUCAAAGGGCAAACAGCAACUUCAGAGAAAACUUCAGGCUGCUCUAAUUUCCAGAAAGGAGGCACUCAAAGAAAAUAAAAUGCUGAAAUCCCAGCUGGAGACAGUGACAACAAAUAACGAGGAACUCUUGAAGAAUUUGCGCACAGCAGAGAGUUUAUUGGAACAACAAAGUACAGAAAAAGAUAAAUUGCUUGAGAGAUUAUCAAACCAGAAGGGAGAACGAGACAAACUGAUUGCUGAAGUUGACAAGUGUUUAAUGGAAAAUCAAAACCUAGCAGCUUCAUGUGAAAGUCUCAAACUUGCUCUGGCUGGCGUUACGACAGAUAAAGAGUCCUUAGAAAAAGAGUUUGAAUCAAUGAGACUAUUAGAAACUUUACAGAGUUCAGAGUGGCAGGAAAAGCUGUCUGAGCUACAGAAAGAAUAUGAGACACUGCUACAGUCCUAUGAGAAUGUUAGUGAUGAGACUGAUAAGAUGAAAAGAGUUUUGGAAGCAGUAAAGUUGGAGAAGCAAGAAGUCUUUGGUAAGCUAAAAAGCAUGGAGGCAGCAAAGCGUGAUGUUGAGGCACACGUAGAAGAGUUGGAACAGGAAUUGGAAGGCAUGAAGGAAAAGAUGAGAAAGUUUGCCAAAUCAAAGCAGCAAAAAAUCCUUGAGCUAGAAGAAGAGAAUGAAAGACUUAGAGGAGAACUGCAGCCUGUCAGUGAAGGCCAGAAGAGGCGGUUUGACAAAGCCCAAUCAGAAAAUGCAGAGCUGAAGACAGAACUGGAUAGAGUUCACGCUGAAACUCUGGAUCUUACAGUUCAGCUGGAACUGGUCAAGUCUGAAAAAGCUUCUUUGGAGCAACAAGCUGAACACCUAAAGCUUCAGUUGGAAAGUGUUGAGUUGAAAUUGCAGAAAACUCUGGAAGAUUCAAAAUCUGUUUCCAUCCAAAAGGAAAUAUUUGUACAGGAAACAGCAUCCUGCCAACCAGAUAAUUUAACAGAAGAGCAAGCUGCAGAAACAUCUGCUGACAAGGGCACACACUUGGAGAUAAGCCAAAAAAAUGAAAAGUUACAGAAUGCAUGUCAACUGGAAGGUCUCAUGGCAGAUCUGGAGAACAAAUCCAAGAAAAAUGAAGAAACAAUUGAGACAAUGAGAGAAGAAAUCACUGUAUUAAAGACAGAAAAGAUAAAUGUCGAAAGGCAAUUGACAGUUACCCAAGAUCAGCUGAGCAUGCUGCAGGAACAAAUAAUAGAGCUGGAAAAUAAAAAUCAGACAGCAAGAGAAGAGAUGAUAGAGCUGCAAAGUAAACAUGAGAGAGCCACCAGUGAUGUUGAAGAAGUAAUGAGGCAAAAGCAGAUGCUGGAGUUGGAGAAAGAUGAAUUAGAAGAGCGUCUGAUGAAUCAACUUGCUGAGCUCAAUGGAAGUAUUGGAAACUACCAACAGGAUGCCAUGGAUUUACAGAUACGAAAUGAUAACUUGCAGAGAGAGUUGCAGGAUGUUAGGUUCCAACUGGAAGAGGAAAAGAGGCAGCUGGAGAGACAGAAAGCAGAAGCACUGUCACAAGUACAGAAAGAAUAUGUAGAGAAAUUAAAAUCUGUGCAUGAUGGAGAGAAAGGCAGAAAGAGUCAAACAAAAGAACUCCAAGAAUUGCUCAAGGAGAAACAACAGGAAGUCCGGCACCUACAGAAAGAGUGUAUACAGUACCAAGAGACCAUCAGUGGACUAGAAAGGGCAAUUAAGGCCCUGGAGUUUGUCCAUAGUGAAUCUGAAAAGGAAAAACUGGCAUCUACUGAAAAAUUAACAAAGGCCUUGGACGAUACAAGACAGGCAAAAACAGAUGUAAAAUCACUCCGUAUCUUGCUAGAUGACAGCCAGAGUGAGACUGCAAGAAUAGCAGCCGAGAAUCUUAAACUAAAGGAAAGUCUUCAAGCAGCAGGGGAGGAGACUGUUUUAAAACUCAAAAGGAAAGAGGAGGAUCUGGAAGCAAGAUUGGAACAGGAGAGGGAUAAACAUAUGAAAGAGAUGAAGAAUGUACAAGAGAAACUGGACUUGAUGCAUCUUGAGAAAGAAAAGUUACAGGGCUCCAUCAGCAGCCUGCAGCAUGAUCUUGAUGGGAAGAGCGUGGAGUUGAAGGAGAAGCAAGAUAACUUGAACCAAAACAUUGCAAAGCUUGCAGCCUUUACCCGUAGCAUGUGUUCAUUGCAAAAUGACAGAGACCGCAUCAUAGAAGAGUCCAAGAAAUGGAAUAAAACAUUCGAUGACACCAUGCAGAAAAAAGAUGAUGAAAUCACUGAGAAGGAGAAGACUUGCGUGUUCCUUAACACUGAACUGAAGCAAGUUACAGCAAAGGUUGAGGAGCUUCAAGUCGUAUUAGCCAGGUAAAACAACUCCCUAUCUCAAGCCUGUUUCUUUUUUGAAAUAGCGUGUUGCCUCUAUCUGCAUUAAGUACCAAUCCAAGAACAAGGUGAAAUACAUCCUUCAAACAGUCAGAGCUCUGCAUAUUGCAUUGGCUUGGUUUACAGAAGUAUCUUUAUUCAUUCAUUAAAGGGACACUCCAUUGCGGGUGCCCUCUCCCUCCCACCUCUCAUCCCCGGUUGCUGAAGGGGUGAAAACUCACUUACCUGAGACCCCGCUGAUGUCCUUCGGCGGUGGUUUCUGCUCGCCGCUGCUCCUCCCAGUCAUUACGUCAGCCGGUGGGCGAGACUGAUCCCGUCCGCUGGCUGAGGAGACCUAAUGCGCAUGCGCGCAUUAGAGCUCUCCAUAGGAAAGCAUUUAAAAUACUUUUCAGUGCUUCCCUAUGGGGAAUUGAGCGACGUUGGAGGUCCUCACACAGCGUGAGAACAUCCAGUGACACUCUAGCACAGAAAACCUGUGCUAUGGACACGGAAGUGCCCUCUAGUGGCUGUCUUGUAGACAGCCACUAGAGGUGGAGUUAACCCUGCAAGGUAAUUAUUGCAGUUUAUAAAAAAACUGCAAUAAUUACAGUUGCAGGGUUAAGGGUAGUGGGAGUAGGCAUCCAGACUACUCCAAUGGGCAGAAGUAGUCUGGGUGCCUGGAGUGUCCCUUUAAGAGAGAAUUUCAAGUGAACUUCAAUUUAAGGCCAAAAUGAAAGCAUAAUUAAUUGAGAAUUUUUUUUAGGUUCAACUAUUUCGACCUGAAAUUUUAAAUUCACUUUGAAUAUCCCUGUAUAUCUGUAGCUAUAGGUCCAUCUGCCCAAACUACAUUAACAUGUGAGAGGCUGUGGUUUUUCUGAUCUUUAUAAGAUCUUGUACGUAUCUGGGAAUCACUAACAAUAGCAACGGUCCUUUUAGCUGUCAAUAAUUUGUUGCUAAAUCAUUGUGAUGCAUAGAAACAAACUCCUAGUAGGGUAUAAUUUGGCCGAUAGAUGUAAUUGUCUAUAGAACCUUAUUGGGUGUGGAGUCUUCAUGGCAAAGGGUUCGGCUAAGUAUCAAAGGGUUACAGAAACAAGGUGUAGCUUAGAUAGCACAAGUUAAAAGACAUGGGUUCAAAGGCACGUGCAUUGGGUUGGGCUGACUGUACUUAUCUAUACUGCGCAAUAAAAUAUUAGCUCAUAAAUGCUGUACGCAAGAAAUAUAGAUUUAAAAAAAUUUCCAACAGCAUUAUAAUUCUUUGUUUCCCACUAAGGUAUGAAAGAGGAUAAAUUUGGUCUGUCCUUUUUGUUUUGGAGGUAGAAUGCAUGCGUAACAAUCUCUGGACAAUGCCAGUCAGCAUUUAUUCGUAGAGAUGCAUCGGCUCUAUGCAUCUUUGUGGAGCUUUCAAUGUAUUCUUGCAGGGCAUGAAGAUGCUUAAUGAAUUUAGUAGAUUCACUAUGAUUUAGACAGUUUGUGGUCCCCUUUGCAUGGGAUGCCCCUAACUUCCACUAUUUGGGUAAAAAUGUAGUGUUUCAUUCUUUCUCCCAUUGGAGCAUAUUGUGUUUAAUGGGUCUAGAGAAGUCUGUCAAAAUAGAAUAACACAAUGACAAAGGUUUGUGCACUUAGUAUCAAGACAUAUUAGCCCAAAUAUAUCAAGCUUUGUAGUAUCUAAUGAAAAAACUAAAUCCUUCCUCAAAAUAUUUGUCAGUCUCCUGUAGAUAAAAUGUUCUUCCGAGAGGAGAUUAAAACAACUUUGCAGGUCAAGAAAAUAACUCCCUCUACCUUUUGUGAUACCAGCUCUGAUCCAUGUAUUUAAUGUUAUGUCGGAUUUGUAAUGUCGCAAGCUAUUCAAGGGCGUUACUAUCAAUGGACUGUUGGGCUUGAUUAACUUGUGAGCGCAUUCAUGCCACAGUAGUAAAUUUGAAUCUACUAUAAAUUUGAGCAGAUAUGGGUCCUUUGGCAUAUGCUUCAUGUAUAAUAUAUGAUGGUGUCUAUUAUAAAGAUGGUUUUGGAAGAUGCAAUCCUUUUAACUUUGUCUGUGUAUUGCACAUGCUUGUUUACUAUUCUGUUUUAUGUUCAUCCUGAAUACUGUCUUCUGUGUGAACUUCGUGUUCUAUAAAAAACUAUUAAUAAAAAUUGAAACACUGGGAAAAAAAUAACUAGUGUUCAGUUUUACCUCCGUCAGUUAUGUUUUGGUCAUAAGGUCCAUAAUCAAAUUACUCUUGAUCAAAUUUUCCAUUAUCCAUUCUACUACGUUUCUAAUGCUUCUGUCAUCUUUUUAUUUUAGACUAGAGGUGCAAAAUCAGGAGCUCUCUGCAACUCUGAAAACUGAAACCGAGGCCAGUCUGAAAACACGAGAUGCUUUAUUUGAGGAGAAGGCCAUACUUUCUUCUUGUCUAGAAGAGGAGCAAAAGCUCCACACUGCCUGCCAGGAAGAGCUUAAAUUGCGGAAUUCUGAGGCUACAGAGAGGCUUAAUCAUCUGCAGGCUGUGGAGCUUGAACUGAAGCGUCUUGAAGCUGAAAGGGAAGAUCUUGAUGGAGCACUGAAGACAUCAGAGACAGAGGUCCAAGACUGGAAGCUGCGCUGUGAGCAGAUUCAGUGCGACUUGCAAGCAUCUAAAACUCUGACAGAGCAGUUGCACCGUGAACUGGAACAGAAAGAGCAGGACGUAGUUAGACUGCUCAGUGCGCGAGAUGAAGCAGUGAGCACAGCUGUUGGGGAACUACAUGAAUUACAUGCUGCUGAGAGCAGAGCACUGGAAGAAAGGCUGGUAGAGGGAGAGAAAGAGCGCAGACAAUUGCAAGAGAGAUUAGAAUCCAUCACUUCCCAACUACAUUCCACUAAGGAGGAAGACAGCCAAAGUAAAGCUCAGCUGGAGGCAAUCUCAAAGUCCAUGUGCUCGCUCCAAGAAGAACGGGAACGCUUAUUGAGUGACUACCAACAGUUAGAGCAGCGACACAUUGAUGCUAUCCUUGCCAAGGAUGGGUUGAUCCAGGAAGCUGCACGAGAGAGCAAUGAGCUGCGAGAAGAGUUAAGAUUUCAGAGGAGUCACACUGAUGACCUAAAUGCACAGAAUGCCAAGUUAAAUGCAGAGCUGACUCGCUACCGGGAAGAUUUGAAGGAACUUAUUUCACUGAAAGAUUCACAGUUGAAACAGCUCUUGGGAGAAAAGUUGCAAGAAAUAGAGCGGAUGCACCAUGAGCAGAAUAUCCAAGAACAGCAGUGGAAGCAAGACAAAGACCACAUGGAGUCACUUAAGAAGGAACUGGAAGAAGUCCUGCUGGAGAAACAAAGAAUGCAGCAUGAGAUUGAAACCUUGACUCUCUCGGUGUCACAGCUACAGAGUGAAAUAGAUGCAAGCAAGCUCCGACUUCUAGAACAGGAGCAAGAGAUACAGAGACAGCAAGAAGAGUUGUCACAAUUGUUAAAAGAAUCUGCUGAUUUAAAAGAAGAGAACUCUCGGGUUAAGGCAGAAGCUGAACAAAGAAUACAGAGUGCAGAAAUGGAGCUGGAUAAGAAACUGAAAGGUAUCCAACAUGAUACGGGUAUUUUGCGCAAUGAGACAGAAACUGCUGAGGAGAGAGUGGCAGAACUUGCCAGGGAUCUUAUUGAAACUGAGCAGCACCUUCUGAAUGUGAAAGAAGAGAACUCUGCUCUUACAGCACAACUCCAUGCAUUUGAAGGCUCCAUGAGGUCUCUGCAAGACAGUCAUGACUUUGCACAGGAGGAAAUUCAGAGACUGCGCGACCAGAUUAAGGAGAUGCCAAUCCCUCAGGAAGAUCUCAGCACUGUGAUAGCAGAGAGGGAUACAUUAAAAGACCUAGUAUCACAGAGUAGAGAAGAGCAGCAACAAAUGCAAAUGCAGCUGGAGGAGCAAGCACACAUAAUACAAAUUAGAGAAGCCGAGGUCAUCAGAAUGACUUCUGAACUUCAGUCUUCACAAAGUAAUCUUCAAGCACUAUCCAAAGCCAUGGGAAGUCUACAAGAAGAACAUGGGCAUCUAAAAGAACAUAUCCAGAGACCGUAUAUGGAGGUGGAAAGGACAUUACAGAGCCCAGACAUCAGGGAUAGGAAGGUGUGUAGCAAUGUAGUUUAGAUGGUAUAAGAUGUAUGCUGUAAGUUCUGUGACAUGAUAUUUUUUUUUUUUUUCCCUCUCAGGAAUCUAAUCCUGCUGGAAAAGAUCCCCUACAUGCAGAGCUACAAAGUAUUAAGGAAGAAUUGCAGCAGCUACACAGUCAGCUUACCGAUGCGCUUGCACAAGUGCACCACAAAGAGCUGAGAAUACACCAGCUCAAUGGCAAGGUGAGAAAGCACAAUUUGAGGGAAGAAAACAAAAACCUUUUGCUUUCCAAAAAGACACUUGUAUAGCAGAACAUUUGCUUCUGAACGUAUUCAUUCAUGAUAGGUUUUUGUUUUGGCUUUGUUCAACCUUAAAGGUUGAAUUUAACCCUUUAAGGAUGGAGGCAAUUAUCCAAGUUCUGAACCAAAACAAAACCUUGAAUUUGAGCUCUAGGUUUGUUUCACAGUAAUUUUAAGAGUUUCUCUUCAAGUUCCACCAUACAUAAAAUAUAUCUUUUUUUAUUAUUAUUAAUUUUUUUAUUUUUUUUUAAAGACAGAAGGGACUUUCAUUUUUUGUUUAUAAUAAUUGUACACAUAAUUUUUACACAUCCAGUGCAAUUAAUUUAAAAAAAACUCAACAUAGAUCAGGCAUGAUUUAACCCUGCUCAAACCAACUCCGUAGGCUGUUACAUGCUGUUUUAAAGAUAUUUUAAGCUCACUCUGUGUAGGUUGGCAUAGAAUGUCCUAACAUCCUUAAGAGUCUAAACAUCUUCUCAUUUACUUUUCAGGAGACAGAUUAAACAUUAUCUUCAUGUUGGGGGCUUUGUGUUUGUUGUCUAGAAUGUGAUAUUCUUGUGCUUUAAGGUUGUUGUUUAUGAUUGUAGCUUUGUUUCAUGUUCUUUUUGUGACUUAUCGUGUCUUCCAUUUCUGCCUGUUUUAGCUCUCUCAUAUAUUUGAGGAGAAGAAUGCUUUGUCUCUGCAGCUAAGAGGGAGCAGUCAGAAUCUUAGAGAUGCUCUCAACCGAAAUGCUUCCCUCGAGAGACAGUUACAGGAACUCCAACCUAUGACUCAGGUGACAAAAGAUUUGUGAAAUUGUUAACAAAGGGCUUAGAGGACCCUAAAAUAUUUGUAAUUGGUUUUUUUUGUUUUCUUUUUAAAGAUUACUGCAAGAUGAAGAUUAUUGCAGAGUAGUCAGCCACCUCAUAAAGUAAACCUGCCAUAGUCCUCUGGAAGACAUUGGUCCUCAUAUAGACUCUAUAACUUGGUGGAACAAAUAGAUGUAGCAAACCACUAAUAGAAUGAGCUAGUGUGGAAAUAGAUGGGUACAGAAAGAAGAGAAAUCUGAUGUUGCUAUACUUUAAUUUUAUGUGACUCCAUUGUGUUACAGGAAGUAUUGCAGAGUAAUUCUUCUGCUGCAGUUUCACAUGAAAAAAUGGAAUACCAAACAAGAGGAGAUAGGCAAAUAAUGGAGUUACAGCAAAGGUGAGAUUAUUUUUUUUUUUUAUUAUAAUGGCAUUAAAAUUAAAUGACACCAUCUUAAAGGCUGACUGAUAUUUCAGGUUGUCUAAUAAAAUUUUAAUUUUUUUAAAAACUCCUAAAAUACUGUAUCCCUGGUCACUUCAUUUGUUUUCAGUUCUCAAGGCAUACAUUACACACCUGUUGGAGUAGACUUUUCAGAGUUUGUAAACCUCUUAAGGUCCAAUAACUGGGUUUACAAUUUCAGCCAUAUUUAAUGGCUAUUUGCCACUGCACAUCUGGCGGGUCUGUAGUAAACUCACUAGGGCUAUAUAUCGUCACUCACAAAUAGCUAUUUGAGAAUAGAAGUAGAAAUUUUGAUCCCUUCAAUUAUUCUGUGCUAUAAAAUGAUUUCCUUGAGUGUUUCUUUUUGAUUAGAACAUACCGUGUUUUCGGGGGCCCUUAUUCAUUUUUUUUUUUUUUUAGCAGUUUUGUUGGCCAUAGUACUGCCUGCCAUAAGCAGUCUUAUUGGUUUGUGGAGGAUUAUUUUUCUAUAUUUUUUUUUUUUUUUGUCAGUUUGUGUUUUCAUUUAGGAAGAGAUGGGAGGUGGUUAAUUUGAUCUAUGUUUUUUGUCGUUUGUUUUUAUUACUUUCAUCGUAUUACAACUGAUGUGACCACACGUUGACCGCAGUCAUGUAGAAUACAGCAUUCUAAAAAUGGCAAAAACUCGUGCUAGUGAGUAGUGGAAACUUUCAAAGUAUCUAAAAAGUGAUAAAAGUUGAGCAAACCUCAAUGGACUGUGCUUGCUGGAGCUGCAGGUUCUAACACAAUGUGGGGGGAGGGAUUUUUUUAAAAUAAUUUUUUUUUGUAUCAGGUGGAUUCUUGUUCAGAUGAAUAUAUCGGUAAAAAACAUUGUUUAAUUCAAGUGGUCAAAAAUAGCUGUAUUUGUUUUUUUUUGUUUUUUUAUUAUAAUUGUAUAUUUUGCUUCCUAAGCAGCAGUAGCAUUCUCAAGAGUUGCACUUUCAUUUGGUUAUAAAUAAUGCAAUGUAUCCAAUACGUUCCUCUUUUUAUUGACUGGAAAGUAACCAAAAAAAGUCAAGUAAUUCUAUAGCAAAUCUUUAUUACUGCACAUAUAAUUUACGAAGUUAAGUGUUUUGCUUAUGAAAAUGUUUUGUUUUUUUUUCGUUUUUUCAUUUAUUAUACUCCUUUGAUACUUCAUGCCUGCAAGUCAUUCUACCUGUGUGUUUCAUGAAAACCUAGAGCUUGAUUCUAUUGUAUAGAUUGCAUAGAUGUAAGGGAGCCACCAGUGGACCCACCAUUUAUCCGCAUUUCAUUUCAUGAAUUGCUGUUUACACUUUGCAUAAAUUGCAACAAAAGUCCCUGGCAUCAUAAUCACUACAUUGCCCAGCAGUUUUUAUGGUGCCAGAUAUCCUGUAGUCAAACCUGGAGCCUGUCGGCUGCCUCUCUCCAACUCCAUUACUUCCAACAGAGUCAGAAUCAGUCGGCUGAAACUUUAGCUCCGAAGCACUUGGCUAGGCUCCUAAAGAGGAGUUCUGUUUCAAGUAGGAGGUUGAGUGGUGCCCAGUGGACCCAGAUAAGUAGUUAAACUAUCUUGAAACCGGUUGACUGCUUACACUGAGGGGGUAGGAAUACCGGGGCACAGUGUGUUGCAGUGACUACAGUGCUUGUAGGGCUUCUUUUAAGCAUUUGAUUAAAAAGGUUGUAUCUAAUAUACAUUUUUUUUUUUAAAUGUGCAUUCCUGAUGUUGAAGAGUCUGUAAUAGUUUGACUUUCUGUCUGGACUGCCUCUCUUAUUUUGAUGUGGGGACUUUGUUGCAUAGAGCAAAAGAUGAUGGUACUGAGCGUUUGAUUCCGUGACCCCCUAGGUAUCUAGAAAUGGAACAGAUGAACAGUGAGGCAGAACACACUAGGAUGGAGCUGGAACAGCAGUUAAGAGAGGAGCGCCGAAGAGCAGAGGAACGAGAGCAAGAGCUAGAGAACAUGAAACGGUAAUUAUAGACUGGGAUUAACCAUGCCCGAUAUUGACAAGGGAAAUGCUCAUUUAGGCUUAAAUAGUGUAACCGAUCCCCUGUACUCCGGCUGAAUAGGGUAGAGUCUCCCUAGUCUCGCAGAGUGAAAGUGAAUAUAGCCUUUGCAUCCCCAAAUAUCAGCCAAGACUGUAUGAAGGGUACAUCAACUGGUUUUAUUCAGGAAAGCCUACAGGUAUUUAUACACAGACCCCCAGCAUGGGGUCUCCAUUCAUUCUGUCAUAAGCCCGCCCAGGUGUCUGUGUCUGGGGAGUAAUUGAGUUAGACCUUGGUAAAUCAAUUAUCUCUUGGACACAGAGGACACAACAGAAAAUACCACAAGCAUAAAACAACAACAUACCCAUACAAGUUAUACCUUCCUUGAAAUAUGGGAUACGAGCGCCCAUCCUGUGAAAAUAGAGCUCGGAUCCACAGAAAAUUGUCCAGUUGCCACCUGCUUAACUUUGGACCAAACACUUUUAACAUCUUGGCCGAAAAGAGUUCCAUGCAGCCGGUGCCAUGUUGCGGUCUUUUACCUGGGACUCCAGCUGGUUGGAAAAAGGGAGCACCCUCCUUCUCACAGGAAGCGAUUGUGCAGGAGUUAGGUGUAAAGUGCGCAUUCCUAGCUCUUUGGGAAAGGAAUUAAAACAGGGUAUUGAACUGACAGAUGUGAGGCACUGGCUUUUAGCUGGGCUGGAGUUCCAGAGGGAUUGUUCGUAACUCCUGCUGGCCUAAAAGUGUUUGCUGGUAGGGAAACUUGUGAGAAAAGGUAUACCGGGGAGGGAACGAGAGUGAUCAUUGCUAUUUGUAGUAAACUAUGCCUAAAAGACAAUGUUUUUUUUUAGGGUUUGUUUGUCUUUGAAUUUUUGGUUCCAGUUAAUUUAAGCAAUAAAUAGUAAACCUCAAGGCAUGUUAAUAUACUCAGCCUAUCAUUACAGCCAGGUUAGUCUGAAUUUCUAUUGAUUGCAUUAAAGAGUAAAUUCUCCAUUAUUAAAGGACCACUAUAGUGCCAGGAAAACAUACUCGUUUUCCUGGAACUAUAGUGCCCUGAGGGUGCCCCCACCCUCAGGGUCCCCCUCCCGCCCGGCUCUGGAAGGGGGAAAGGGGUAAAAACUUACCUUUUUCCAGCGCUGGGCAGGGAGCUCUCCUCCUCCGAUCCUCCUCUUCUCCUCCCUUGCGGCUGAAUGCGCACGCGCGGCAAGAGCUGCGCGCGCAUUCAGCCGGUCACAUACGAAUGCUUUCCUAAUGCUUUCCUAUGGACGCUGGCGUGCUCUCACUGUGAAAAUCACAGUGAGAAGCACGCAAGCGCCUCUAGCGGCUGUCAAUGAGACAGCCGCUAGAGGAAAUAGGGGAAGGCUUAACCCAUUCAUAAACAUAGCAGUUUCUCUGAAACUGCUAUGUUUAUGAAAAAAUGGGUUAACCCUAGCUGGACCAGGCACCCAGACCACCUCAUUAAGCUGAAGUGGUCUGGGUGCCUAGAGUGGUCCUUUAAGGACAAGCCCCAGAUUCAUUGAAACCAAUCCAUGAGAGUUUGAUGAACCGCUGUGGGAUGGAACCCAUAGCGUCUUUGUACCAUAACCACUACAUUGAGAUGUAGUAGUUAGAGUGCUUCUGGUACUCCUUUUAAAGGAACACUAUAGCAAUAGGAAUGCAUGUUUCUAGCGUUGGUGUCUUACCACCUAUGUAGGUUACAGUUCGUGGCGUGCUGGUCUCCGUGCUGGCACUCCACCUCCCUGGUUGAGGUAAUCACUCUAUGAUCUCAGCCAAUCCUGUGCAUCCCCAUAGGGAAGUAUUGGAAGACUAGUGUGCAUGCGCAGCAAAACGUCCUGCUGUGCCAAUCAAAUACUCUCCGUGAGAGUUAUUUGAGCUAUAUCCGUUUAAAUCAAUUAUUGCUGCGGUAAUGCCUCUAGUGAAUUUGACAGCCCACUAGAUGCAUAUGGCAAUACGCAUAUAGUGGCAAAAUGGCAAUGUUUUCUCUUGUAGGUUUAAACAGACAGAGACAUAGCAUCUGGACCAUGUUAUUGAGAUGAAGUUGUCUGUGCUGUGUGGCUUUCGAGUCCAUUUAACUGGCUACUAAGGGAUUAAUGGAAAUUACAUUUUUGCUAAAUUCCCUUUUAGACAUGUGUAGUUAAGAAAGUUUAAACUGCAAGUGUGUGAACAUUCCCAGUGGAAAUAGUAACCUGACCGGUACUAGAGUGUCCUCAAUUAUCAAUUCUAUUUUCCAGGUUACAGCCAUGUGACUGGUCUGUCUCUCAGGAUCCUGAUGUAACCAAUGAUCUGUCUUUAUUGAUAGAACCAGAAAAUGUGCUGAAGGGUAAAGUAAGCAAGGUAAACAUAGACAUUCCUUUUCUAUCGAACAUCCACUACUGUCCAUCAUCUCAUUGUAACCUAGACUAGACCAAUAUCAUUGCUGCACUUUUUAUACGUUUCCUCCCCAAUCUGCCUUUUAUCUUCAGUCUUUUUCGGUCUCCGUUUAUGCUAUCCUCUAUGACCUCUCUGUCAUUCCACCCUCAUUGGAUCCUACUGCUCACUGCUUUAAGAUGGUUUACUAAAUGCUCCUCUUCUCUCCAUUCACAGACACGGAGUACAUCCUUACGCAGACAGUUACGAAAUACCUUCUUUUCUCGCACACGGACUCCAAUGCUGGCUGCACUUUACAUUUUAAUUAUCCAUGUGCUGUUGCUGCUCUGCUUCACUGGACACCUCUGAUAGCGUAUAUUUCACCUCUGAGGAGUCACAUGAGGAUCUAUUAGUGGCGUCUAGAACGAAUCUUGCAAAGAUUUUUAAUGGGGAUCUCACCGUGCCCAGAGGUAGUAACAGCAGGAAUUCAUAUACAAGUGGCCAAAAACGAAGGGCAAGCUCCUGUUCACUGAUGACCACACUACUUCAGGAAAAGACAAUGUGCUGUUGAAUGACUUGCUGGAAUCUCUUCGCUACUGAUACUGGUCCUCUUUGAUUUCCUUCCUCCAUGUACCAACUCACCUUUGUUGCCUUUUCCACCUCCCAAAGUCUGACUGUAAUACCCUUUUGCGAUCUAUAAAAUGAAGGUGAAUCUUAAGACUGUCCUGUGAUCUUCUACUUCCCAUCAAUCAUUUGCUAGAUGAUGGCUUAGAGGUAUAAGUGUACCUCUGUGUAAAUAUUAUGUAUAGUACAUGAGUACAAUAUUUAUGUACAGUUGAGCGCCAAAGGUUUAAUGGUAUUAAGGAAUAAAUAUUGUAUGUAGACAUGGCCAUCAAAAUGGGAUAUCUCAAUGUAUUUUGUAUGUUCCAUCUCCCUUGCUUUUAAAUGAGCUACACUUUAUUUUCUGCUUCAACUGGUCCUGUAAAAGCUAUCCUGGAUGUGUUCAAGUUAAUUCUUGUAUUACAAUGUGAUUUUUGUAUGUAUUAUUUUACCCAUUUUAAAUGUUGUGUGGAUAUUUAUUGUAUGGUACAUGAGAGCCGUUGAUCUUUUAGAUAUUCUGUAGAGCUGUAAUAACCUUAACACCUUAAGGCCCAAACUUCUGGAUUAAAAGGGAAUCAUGACAUGUCAUGUGUCCAUAAGGGGUUAAAAAGUUUAACAAGUUACUCCGGGAGGGCGCCAAGGGUUAUGGUUCUUGGAGUUUGACAAUUUACUUUGAUUACCCAAUCUCCUACCUUGAAACUGCCUGCUUCUAGAUUCUUCCUGCAAAGAGAAUCUGGUUCACUCCAUGGAGUUAAGCAGUGCUGCUCUCAUAGGCUGAGGGUGUCAACUGAGCACUCUGAGCCACUGAGUGCACUCUGCAUCAGGCUGUGCUUAGCUCAGGGGAGAAGUCAUUUGAGUGGGGGUGCUCAAGGGACACAAAUAAGUUGUCAAACUGUUCAUAAAUGCUUUGCUAAGUUAUUCUGGAAGAGGUCACCACACUCCCGGCACCAUAACCACUACAUCCGACUGUAGCGGUUAUGGUGCUUGGAUUGUUCCUUUAACUCUGCAAAUGUUCUAUGUACUACAUGUCCCACCAUGCUCCAUACAUCACGGAACAUCAACAAACCUCUACUGUGCCAUGUGUAUCUAAUACUGCUAUACAGACUAGAGCAUACCUGUCUGAUUUCUUGUACGAGGUGGAAACAUAAAUAAGAAAUCACCUGUUACAGUAUAGAAUAGCUUCCUAGAGAUCAGUUACUUACAUACCAUACAGUAAAAUACAUUCCUGGACUCCUUGUUUCUCCAACUACAUAUGAUCUGGUUUGUUUAUACAAUAACUUGUCUUUUUUGUACUUUUCCGCAAAACAUGUAUACAUUUCCGUUACAAGUGUAAUACUGUAUAUUAUCAGAAUUGAUUUCUAUUAAUAUGAUUUAGUAAUGCAUAGAAAUUAGGGAAUAUAAGAAAUUCAGAACAUUUUAAUAUAUUGAUGGAGCUAAAUUGCAAACACAUUUAUUAAUAGUUACAGGAUUUUAAUGGCGGUUUGGUUACAACACUGCUUAUUCUUCUUUGUUCAAAGUUUAUAGCUUUGAAGGGAUUGAAUCAUAAACCUUUUGAAAGUUUAAAAAUUGCAUUAUAGGUGUCGUUUUGGGACAUUACAAAUGAUUUAAACAUAUUUGUACAAUUAUCCAUUUCCAUUACAUCCAAAAGUCGUUCUAUGAUACAAAUGUGCCAUGGCUUUAAUCUGAAUGAAUCAAAUGGUAUAUACUUUUAAUAACUGUAUUUUUUUUUUUUUUUUUUAAACAUUAGAUUUGUCAUAGUAUCAUUACAUCUCAGUUCAUUCAACACAAGUCCUUGUUACACUUUGAAAAUGUAUUCUUCUGUUAAAAUAGGCUGGGCUCUGAUGCCUUUUAUUUCUUUAUUUGAAACUGGAAACACUGCACCCAGAGCUUCUUUAUACCCUAAAUGUAACACUAAGAAGAUGUAGUUGGUAUAUUAUCUAAAUGGUCCUUUUGGGUGAAGUGGUAGCCAUUCUGAAUGCAAGCAUUUUCAACCCUUCCGUUACUGAUACUGUUUAAGAAAUGGUUGUUUGACCUUCCUAGUGAUGUUUAAUCUUAAUGUUGCUACAAGGAAGAACAAAAUUGUAAUAAAUAUUUUAAUAAAAAAAAAAAAAAUAGAACACAUUUAAAAAUGUUAAACACUAAAUAUAAACAUUGUGAAAAGUGCCAUAAAAAUGCAAACCAAAAAUAUUUUUCUAAAUUGGCCAAUUAAGACUUAGUAUAAUCACUAUGGUGUUAUUCCUCUGGACUAAUCACUGCUUUUCAGAUUAUUCAAAGGGAUUGUGUGUUGUUAAACUAGAUUGUGAUAAAUCCUUAUUUAGAAAGGCAAGAUUGAAACAUUCCAUCUUUCAUGAACCUGUCCCUUGUAUUUUUCUGUUUUUGCUUUGUUGGGGGGGGGUUGUGUGUGUGUAUAUGUGUUUAUAUAUGUAUACAGAUAUAUGAUUGUCUAUGCAGAAUAUUUUACAUUCAUUCAUCUUUUGUUUAUAGUUCACAUAAAUCAUUUCCUAAUUAAUCAUGUAUUUAAUGCCAUAGUAGUAUAGGUGUGAGAGCUAAUUACAACUAGCAUGUGUGUUUUGGAAACUCCUCCUAUUCCUGCAUCUACGCUGUGUGUUUUUGGCAUCUCCCUACACUUUUAAUUAUCCUAUUGUCCAAUCUACUAUGUUUAAAGUGGACCCUGUCAUGGAAGUUUUUAAAUUUGAAAUUAAUCAAAGUCUACUUAAGGCAAUUUUUAAAUACAAAAAAUAAAUUUACAUGUAAAAUAAUGUUUUCUUUUAAUUAUCAUAAUGUAGUCUGCAGUUCGGAGAGUUAGGUUUCUCCUCUCUUUGCACUCUGGAUAGUCUUGUUCGGUCCUCAUUCACUUCCCUGCAGUCAGUAGGAUAUUUGAAACCAGGACUGUUUUAAUUGAAGUAGCUUUAUCCUUACCAAAAGAUAACAGAAGUCUGGAUUUUGGUGCUGCUUUCCUCUCCCCUUUUGCUCUUUUUCAUCUUUGCAUACGUUCAAACCAAUACCAAAUACAUGCACAGAAAUGUAACUUUAAAAAUGCAGAUUGCUUGAGAUCAUGUCUACAGUUUCUGCACGCAUGCUCUUUUUAAUAUUGCAACUAGAAAUCUGCAAAGCAUUAUAUGUCUCAUUGUGCCGAUUGGAACAGGCACAGUUUAAACAGGAGAUGCUAAUUAAAGGGACACUUCAGGCACCAAAACAACUUCUUCUAAAUUAAGUUGUUAUGGUAGCUGGAGGCACUCUUACAUCAAGGAGUUGAACCAUUCUUGAAUGGAUUAAACCCAUAGUUGCCUCCAGCAGUGAUGUCCACUCCUCGCCGGGCUGCAUUCUGGUUCUGAAUCAUCACUCAAAGGUCCCUGCUGAUUGAUUGAGAGAAGUCAGCUGAUGCUCUCAGCCAAUCAGUGACUUCCCAUUCACAAAACUUGCUUGGAAAGAAAUGUACCUUUUCCAAGCCAGUUUAGUAAACCUCAGCGCAGAUGAUUUCACAUACUAUUCCAAUAAUGAAUAAUAAUAUACAAAACAAUGUUUUCAAGGUUAAAAAAAAUAUGCCUUUUACAUGACCAGUCUGCUUUAAAAUUGCUUUUUUAACUGGUGUGUGGGUUAUGCAUACUGGUAUUUUUGAGAUUAUUUACAUAUCAUUCUAUAUAUCAUAUAUAUUAAUCUAAGGAGAUGGAAUUUCACUUAUAUGAAAUCUUCUGAGAUCACAGGACAAUCUCAAGCCAGAUUUUAAUUAUAAAUAAAAUGUAUUUUUGAAAUUAAAUUUGUAUGGAUUUAUGAGCAUAUCCUAUGCUUUGCA